AUGUGUGUGAAUAAAAUUGAUUUAACCAACAAGCUGGCUCAUCAGUUUUGGUUUUCGACUUCGUACGCUCCGCCUGGAAGCGGAAGCGGAAGGAGUCAAACCGAAGAAGAAAAAAAGGAGAAAAAAGAACAAGCGGAAGCGGUUGCGAGAGCAGAAUUUGCUUUUCAAGCCGCACACCAGCAAAGGAUACAACACAGAGCGGAAAAAGAGCAAAGGGAAUUUGAAAGAGAAGUGAGAGAGCAAACGGAAUACCUGCAGCAGAGAGAGAGAGAUAUAAUACAACAGCAUCAGAGGGAAUGCAGUUCUGCUUCUUUACAAUCCAUGUAA